AUGUUGUCAGAUAACAUUAAACAAAAGAGCAAAAAGAAACUCAUUGCUGACUUCGACGCUGUUUCAUUAUAUCCAUCAGCUAUAGCAAGACUUUAUACUUUAGAAGGAAUUCCAAAAGUAUUGAAGGAUGAGAUGUUAAGCACAGAGUAUCUCAUGAGACAUUUAUUCGAUGACGACCAAAAGGAACCCAUUGGUGAAAAGUUUAUGUCUGGCUUCUUUGUUCUCAUUAAGAUAACAGAGAUUGGAAUACAUAGACACUUUCCUUUAAUAGUUUGUGACCCUGAACUAAAUCCAGAACUUAACGUUCCCAGAAGUUCAAACACUUGCUGUUUAAUGUAUGUUGACCAUAUAACAUUACAAGACCUCAUAAAAUAUCAAGGUGUCAAAUGUGAAGUGUUGCAAGGAUACUAUUACGAUGGAAACAGAGAUAUUAGAAUAAGAGAUGAAGUAAAGAAGUUGUUUGAGUUAAGGUUAAAGUAUAAGAAAGAAGAAAACCCAUUACAAGAAAUUAUAAAGCUCAUUCUGAACAGUAUUUAUGGCAAAACCAUUUUAUCUCCUAUUGAGUCAAAAAUAACCAUAGUAGAUGACAAAGAUGCUAUAAGAUAUGCUAUAAGAAAUUACAACCAUAUAGUGAAGUUCGAAGGUUUGGAUGGUUCAGAUAAAACUAUUUUCAAGCUAACGAAAAGCAUUUGCAGACACUUUAACUUUUGCCCACUUGGUGUAAAUAUUCUAUCAAUGUCAAAACGUAUUAUGAAUGAAGUGUUUUGCACGAUUGAAGACUUAGGAUUAAAAGCAUUUUAUCAGGAUACAGAUUCGAUGCACAUUUACAAUGAAGACAUACCACGUUUAGCUCAUGAAUUUAAG